AUGCCUCCUCCUCUACCCCUUCUAACCCGUCUCCCCCUCCUAGCUGGGGCAUCCAACGCCAAUGCCUUCAUGCGCCACGGCCUAACGGCGGCGAGGCCGCCUCUGCCUCUGCAGCCGUCGCUCCUCGUCGCCCUCUUCAGCGCAUCCCCCUCCGCAGCGCUAAAGAAGCACGAGAUGCCACCUCGGCCCAAACCUCCUCCAGACUCCGACAUUGAGGAAUCAUACCUCAAAGGUAGCGGGCCGGGUGGUCAGAAAAUUAAUAAAACGAGCUCGGCCGUGCAGCUCAAACACAUACCCACUGGCAUUGUCGUCAAGUCCCAAGCAACCCGGUCCCGAUCCCAGAAUCGCAAGAUUGCCCGCGAAAUCUUGGCCCAGAAGAUUGAUGACCUGCAGAACGGCGACCAGAGUCGAUCGGCCAUUGUGGGCGACGUGAAGCGCAAAAAAGCCGCCAGUGCAUCCAAGAAGAGCAAGAGGAAAUACCGCCUGCUCGAAGAAGAGAAAGCAAAUAGUGAGGCGAGCGAAGCUGGAGCUAGUGAACCAAUCGUUGAAGACCAGACGAACAGCAACCCGAGUUCUGAAGAAAAGACCUCUAUUGCUGAUCCCAGCUCCACUGUACAAAGUAAAAACCUGUAG